CCGGGCCGCGGGGCAGGGAGCCGCGCCGUUCCGCCCACCCGCUCCCGCCGGCGCAGCCGCGCGUCCGCAGCGGCACAUUCGCCACCGCGCUGCGGGCGGAGCCGGUGGCGGGGAUGGCGCGGCCGGCCAGGAGGAAUAAGAAAGUUGUUGAUUAUUCUCAGUUUGGGGAUUUGGAAGAUGAUGAUGAAGACUUUGCACCUUCAAGCAAAAAAUCAAGAACACAGCUCAAGGAAUCAAAGAAGGAGAAAAAAGAGAAGUCAAAAAAGCCCAAAGACGUGACUCCAUCCCAGACACAGACACCUAGUAAGAGGUUAUCCUUGGAUGAGAAACUUUAUAAAAGAGAUUUGGAAGUUGCCUUAGCCUUAUCUGUCAAAGAAAAAUCUGCAAAUCCCGAAGAAGUACAAAAUUCAGAAGAACAAGGUAAGAAUAUUGAAUCAGAAAAUACACAGAGGAGACCCCUUCUUUCCAAUUGCAGUGUAGACAGUGAACUUUUAGGUCUCAAUCAGGUUAUGAAUGAUGAUGCACCUGAGGAUGAUGGGAGGCAAAAGACAGCAGCAACCAAAGUUCCAGCACAUCACAAGUCACUGGUGGUUGACAGUGAUGACAGAGCCCAUGAUCCUGAUUCUGAGCCAGAGUCUUUACCCACAUCACCUAUAGUUUCUCCUUCCUGGAUAAUGGAACACAACUCUGAGCCAAGGCAGAAGGUGAUGUCCAGUCCCUUGGAAGCAGCUGGAAGGCCUCUACAUGCAUCAAGUCCUGUCACAGACAAAAAGCCUAAAUGGACACCACCAGCUCCAUCUGGAAGCAGUAAUGCCUCUGCGAAAUGCGUUCCUGUUAAGUCACCUACUCACUGCCUAAGACUUGGCCUCUCCAGACUGGCAAGAGUCAAACCUCUCCAUCCCAGUGCCACCAACAGUUAAAUGGUCAGUGACAAAGUACCACACAGAGGAAAAGAUUGUGGAAAGGUGUUGCUGAUAAACAGAGGGUGGGCAGCAUCCUGGAAUCAUCCAUUUUGGAGGACUUUUAUUAAGGAUGUGUCUGAUGUUAGGAUGAGUUUUUAUUCUGCAAAUUGCUAGGUGUCUUUUAAGUGCUACUGAAUACUAGUGUUUAAUCAAGGUGACAUCUGGCCACCAGCUUUUUGAUGUAUUAUAUUCAGAGAUGUUGGUUUGUGAUAAUUUUAAUUCUUUAAUACCUAAAUUCUUGGCAUUAAUAUAGUCUAGACAGCACUACGGCAGUAUGAUGAUAGGGAAAUGUUUUUUAGAAUGUUGUAUUUUUUUAAAAAAAAACUAAAAUAAAAUACUUUAUAAUGUCUAA